AUGUCGGUCAAGGAGCGCAAAAGAAGUGAUUAUGUCUUUUUCCUAGAUUACCGAACACGAUGGACAGACAACGACAUGUACUCGCACCUCACCAAUACAGUCUACAACGUCCUAAUCGACUCAGUAGUUAAUACCUACCUGAUCAAGCACUGCGGCCUGAACCCGACAACAUCUCCAUCAAUUGCACUUAUGGUCGCAUCGCAGAUCACAUUCAUAUCUCAGACAUCGUUCCCGGCUGUGCUAGAUAUAGGCCUCAGGGUAAAUAAGCUUGGUAACUCAAGCGUCACCUAUGAGUGUGGUGUGUUUGAGAGAGGCAUGGAGGAUGUGAGAGCUGUCGGCGGGUAUACACACGUGUUUUGCGACAGUGUGAAUAGAAGGCCGAUGACGAUGGAGAAAACGUUUAGGGAGGGGCUAGAGAAGCUGUUAGUGAAGGAGGGACCGAAGCUAUAG